UUGCUGACGUCGCCUCCUGCGGCUGCCUCAUCGAGGAUGACGUUGCGGUCAAAUGUGGUGUGUCGUUUGCGAGACGCAGUGUUUUCCCACUUCUGGAGGAAUAUGUCCGCGGUUAGCGCUAACACUUCGACAUCACUCUGAAAACCCCCAUAACAAGAUCGAUCUCUGCAGUGUGGCGCAGCACAUCCGAGAGCCGGCCGCGCGUAGAUGGCCCUUGAAAGUGUGUUUGCAAAAGCUCUCCCUAAGGUUGGGCAUGCAAACAAAGACACACAGAAUGGAGAAAUGGAAAGUGAAGGCGUGGACGAAGAUGUUCCAUCAGCCGAUCUCGAAGAGGGAGAAAUCAUUGAUUCAGGUCAAGAGGACAGUGACGAUCAGAGAACCGGGCCACCAGGUCCACUGCUCAAGGGGCCUCCACUGCCUCCUCAGGAGGCACUGCGCCCGGCAUUCACCAAACUGGAGAAACGCAAGCGCAAAAAGCGAAAGAAGGACGAGCCUGGUGGUCCCGAGCAAAAGCAGAAGCGGGCCCAUUACGUAGACCAUGAUCGCAUGGUUGAUGACACCGUGUGGUUCUCACCCGAAUCUGGUGGUGGGCCAUCGCGAGGGCACCACUCUCACCAUGGUGGCUCCAUGCCCCCUAGAGACUUCAGUUCUCCCGGUCCUUAUGACGACAGCUACAUGCCCAUGGCUCUACUCCACGACCAGUUGGAAUUUGAGCGUUUAUGCGCCUCCCGAGGGGUGCUUGAGGAAAUGCUAAACGGUGGCCUACUAAUGCGCAUACAUCCGUGCGAUAUGUCUCCACGAGGAGGAUGUGAUUCGCCUGAAGGUAGCGGGGGCCCUGAGGGUCACCAGGAAGGCAUGGGGGGACCCCCGCCACCGCACGCUGGUGGCUUUCCAAGCGGUCGAGGUGGACGCGGUCGUGGAAAGUCAUUCAUGAUGGACAGUCGAAGACCGGGCCCACCGAAGAAGAAGAAGAAGAAAAAGCUGGCCAUGUCGGGUGGCAGGGGCGGUGGCGCCGGUGGGAAACGUGGUGACGGCCCACCCAAGCGCUCCAUAUGCAAAUUCUACCUCGACUCCAAGUGUGUCAAGGGGGCAGACUGCCCAUUUUCGCACGAUGUGCCACAGCCUCGCAAGGCUGACCUGUGCAAGUUCUACCUGGGUGGCUACUGUGCCCGCGGGGAACACUGCUCCUUCAUGCACCAGGACUUCCCCUGCAAAUUCUUUCACACGGGUGCCAAGUGCUACGCAGACACCGCCUGCCGUUUCUCCCACCAGCCCUUGACGGAUGAGACAAGACGGUUGCUCCACAGGUAUCUGGACAACCACGGCAGCCGUGGCGACGAUGACAUUCCCCCUGGGCCUGGCCCAAAUGGCCCCGAGCCCAUGGAUCGGCCGGACUGCCUUGACGAGGACAUGGGACCAGGUGACGACUUUGGAGGAGGGGGACCGCAGCCGGGCAAACGGCCAUCGUUGCUGGGUUCGCCCCCACGACACGUGAAGGAGGCGGCCGAGACGUGGCGCAUGCAGUUCCUGGGCGGAGGUGGGCCACCGAUGCGAGGGGGUCCAAAUGCACCCCCCUCUUUCGGUCCCCCACAGGGGGCCCCCAUGAUGAGUCCCCCAAGAGGACCAGGGCAGGGAUUCCCGCACAGACCUUUAUUCUACAUGGACUCCCUGUCUCAAAGCCCCGUACGUGGCUCUAUGCCGCCACCAGGCGCCAGUCCACCACAGAUGGGUCGCCCAUCACCUGUGCACUGCAUUGAGGACAGCUUUGGUGGGCCACCAGGCCCCAUGGGCCCCGGCGGUCCCAUGCGUCCCUUGCCUCAAGGCCAGAUGGGCGGCUUUGCAUCCCCCACCAUAGCCUCACCACCUCAGCAAGAUCAGGGUGGCAGUGGUCCCGGCUUUGCUCCUGCUGGUGGCAUGUCCCCACUCGGGAUAUUCUAUGACUCAAGUCAGGAUCAUCCAAUGAGUCCACCACACCAGCACUCACCACACCAUACUGCGCCCCAAUCCAUACCGGGCCUGAACUUGCUCAGCUCACCCUCGCCACCACACAGCCAGGGGCCAGAGCCAACAAAGAUUCCCUCGACUGAUGCAAGUUCAGAGGAACCGCAUCAAUCACCACAGCGUCCUGCGCAUACAGACGAACAGGACACCAGUGAUGACUCUCUUCAUGCUGUCAGUGAAAAGAAAGUCCUCCCUCCGAACCUGCCACGGAGACAGAGAGAGCUCUUCAUGAGAAUCCAGCAGCAGCAGCGUGCAGCCGAGAUAACAGCAGCUGCCGAGUCACCCACUUCUGGCGGCACAAGUCAAGCGGCGGCCACUGACAACACAGAAAGUCCUGUGGUAGCCAAGCCUGAGCCAAAGAACAUAGUUUGUCUAGGCAACAGCGAGAGCAGCGACGACGACGAGGAUUAUGAUGAUGACCAGCCACUUCGAGCAGUCUUGAAGAAACUCCAGCAGGGACCAGUGGAAAACACAGUGCCAGCAAAUGUUCCCAGCACAGGCCCCACAAGUGCACCAUCGACAAUGCAACAGCCUGCUGUCACGUUGCCUUCCAUGGCUGGGAUAGACAUUGCCAGCAUGCUGAACAGCAUCCGACAAGUUCCCAGUCAGUCACAGACUAACUUUUGGAAGCAGCUUUUCUCGGGUGUGCCUGCUGCCACUGCGGCUGCUACAUCGGUGGCAGAUACAACAACACCUGCAUCAUUUUCUUCGUUGCCACCUGCAAGUAGAGAUCCGAGGCGGGCCAGGGGCGACAGCCAGAUUGCCAAACCAUCAACGGAACUGUCACAGUUGUCACGAGACCCAAGACUUAGAGACAAACCGCCACCUGUUGUCAAAGCUGCCGAAGUAGCCUUUGUGGAGUCCAAAGAUGGAGAUGUGCCUUUCCGACUCACUCCAAUCCUCAGGGCACUUCCAAAGUACGAUGACGUUGCGCACAGCGGCAGCAUCCCAGAGACUAAGCUCAAGAAUGAUCCUCGUCUUGCCAAGUAUAUGAGCCAAAAAGCGCCCCCAGUCGUGCCUUCUGCUGAGGUUGUGCAGUCCCUUCCCCUACCUGCUGUGACUGUGCUGCCACAGUUGCCCACCGUCAGACGUGAUCCGAGAAUGGCCCGUCACCUUGAACAGCAGCAGCCACCGCAGCAACAGCUGGUAGUGGAAAACAAGCCACUCAUUGCGGAACCACCGAAGGUCGCACCUUUGCCCGCCGAAGUUGUCCCCAAAGCUGAUCCGAGGAAAGCUGCUGCAUUAGCUGCCAAUGGUAGUGCAGUGUCGUUACGGUUGGACCCACGUCUUGCAAAACGGCUUGAUCAACUGCAAAAGGGAUCUGCUUUGAUCGCAACUGAGACACCUGCCUCAAAGCCCAAAGACGACAGUGCAAUGGAGGUCGACAGGGAACAGCAACAAGAGACAAAGCCAGCCACUAAGCGCGAUCCCAGGCAGAGGACCAGGGGCACUGGAAGAUCCAAGGCAAGCGCUGACGGGGCAGGUCGCAAGAACCGCAUGGACUAUGCAUCGCCAUUGAGUACGUACGAAAGCGAGGGGGACAGGCCGAGUGGCUACAGCAGCUACCAGCGGCGACCGCAGCCACGACCGCCCGUUCUCCCCACUGACGUGCCAGCACCUGCCGUGCCACUUCCUCCCCAGCCGUCGAUGCCGCCAGCCCCACCUAUGCACGACCUGAUGCCAAAUAUGCCACCUCCAGGUGUCAUCUCAGAUGACCUCUUGUUUGAGGCCGACCAGGCCAUGAAGUCACUCAAGGACGUCUUCAAGACAAAAGAUCCAACGGCUUCACCGUUUUGCUGAUGAAAGGGGCCGCUGCUUGUAAAUAGCAUGACCAGAGCAUCAUUGUAAGCGCAAGUUGCUCACCGUUUGAGAUGUGGCCCCUGCCGAGACCCCUUAAUGUGUGCCAGCAAGUAUUGCCUGUACUGUACAUAACAUCGACGUGGGAGACAUGGUGCCACAUGGCGCUGAAGAAAGUGCACGCACCGCUGCCAAGCACAACAAAGCAAUAGCUUGCCAUGCGUGGACAGUUGUCAGUGGAAGCUUGCAGGAACAGGUUCCAUGAGCAGUGCCAUGUAUAUAAACCUACUGCUGUCUCAAAAAGGCCAACUGCUUACAGUCUGUGCUGCUUCUGAAAGGGUGCAGAACUGCCAGUGCAUUUGUGGCUUCCUUGCAUAUUUUAUGUGCCUGUAUGUAAUUAUCCAUCUCCCUCUUUCUUGCCCGGUGUGGUGGUCUUUGCAGGAAAGGUCAACAUGAACAUGUUCAGUGCUGUGUAAAGGCUUCUCAUGAGGGCAUCAGUGAAGAUGUACAUUUUACUUCACUCUCAGUCUAGCAUUGAAAGGAUGUACUGGGAGAACAACAGAUGUGCCCCACCACAAGGGAUCCACAUUUCUUUGUUCUUAAUGGACUAAUGGGACAAAAUAAAGAACUUUACCAUUACUGCUGUGAGACCAAGCAAGCGUGAA